GCCUACCCGAGGUCAGACGCUUGAGUACCAGACAAAGGAUAGAUGAUGAUGAAGAUGACCUGGUGGCAGCGGCAAAUCCAGAACCAGAGCCGGGACCCGAGGAGAGAGUGUUCCAGAAGAAAGUCUAUCUUCAUACAUCACCAUACCUGAGAGCAGAGUCCGAUCUAAGCAGAGAUGGCAGCUGAAUCACUGCCCUACUCCUUUGGGACACUAUCUAACUGGGAGCUAGAGGCCUGGUAUGAGGACCUACAAGAGGUGCUGUCCUCUGAAGAGAAUGGAGGAGCCUACGUCCAACCCCCUGAAACAGAACAGGAAGAACUUAAAACCUUUACCACUCUGGACCCAGCCUCCCUGGUGUGGCUAGCUGAGGAGCCUAGGCCAGGGGGAAUUACAAACAAUGGCCAGAGCCCUUGCUCUCCUGAGUCCAGCCAGAGCUCACUGGCCCAGGAAGAAGAGGAGGACCAGGGGGAACGAGGAAGAAAGAGGAAACGGAGGAACAGUGAGCAGUCCCCAGCUAGAAAUCGAAAGCAGAGCGUGAAAGAAAAGGAACAGGAGAAUGAACGGAAAGUAGCCCGUCUGGUUGCUGAAAAUGAGCGCUUGAAGAGAGAGAUCGAGCGAUUGACCCAGGAGGUAGACAUGACCCGCCAGGCCCUAAUUGACCGAAUGGUCAGCUUGCCCCGAUCAUGAAUGGCUGGGCUUUGGAGGCCUUCCCCUCUGCUCUCCCAAGUGCCAAUCAGCAGCGCAUUUACCCCAAAAGGAAGGCCCCAUACCAUGUAUAGAGAUAUUAUAUUUAUUACAUUUGACCUGUGCAUUAAAAUGAAUUCUACUCAAUCAUA